AUGACGAUCACACCGGAUACUUCUACAGGUUACGUACAUAACCUCACGCCAACGCAAGAUGUGAAGCUACGCGAGCUCUGGAUUCUUAUAUUUUCUUCGGCCGCUUCCGUGCUAUCGGCCAUAUUUGAAGUCCCACUACCAGAUGGGUCACCCAACAAACUCUUUGAGGUUCUCGACCAAGUUAAUGAGCCAACAGUUGAUGCCAUUGUGAAGGCACUCAAUGGCGAUGGAAAUACAUUGGAUAUUGUCCCUGGGGCAAAGACAACCAGUGACGAGAUAAAUGAAGAGAACAAGGAGCAGCAUUCUCUUGAUAAAGUCAAUAAUCUCCUGAAUGCGGACGCAGAAAAGAAUAUCAAGAGUGAAAUGACCACUCGAAAAGUCACACCGGAACACUUCUCUACACUUUUCACAGAGCUCCGCAAAAUGGGCGUUCAAGACUCCGAAAUUAAAUCGAUGGAAAGUAUUCUGUCCAAGAUGAGUCCCGAGGAAAUGUGUUUCUCAAUUUUGAAGAUGAUCAAACAGGAGCAUCCCGAUAGCUUAUUACUUCGCUUCCUACGAGCAAGAAAGUGGGAUGUUGGCAAAGCCUUCACUAUGAUGAUCACUAAUAUCCUUUGGAGAAAGCAAAUGGGGGUCGAUGAUGACAUCCUUCCAAAAGGAGAGUUAUAUGCCCUUGAACAAUCCCGGAACCAUGAACUCACUACAAAAGCAAGGAAAGAAGGACAAGAUUUUAUCGAGCAGCUGAGAACCGGAAAAAGUUUCCUGCAUGGAUUUGAUCGCGAUGGACGACCCGUGAAUUAUGUAAGGGUUCGGAUUCAUAAGCCUGGAGCACAGACGGAAGAGGCUUUAGAGCGCUAUAUUGUUCAUGUUAUUGAGUCCACCCGCCUUAUCGUUGUGCCUCCUAUUGAGAAUGGUACAAUUGUUUUUGAUAUGACGGGAUUUGGACUAUCGAAUAUGGAAUAUCAACCAGUGAAGUUCAUUCUCAAAUGCUUUGAGGCAAAUUAUCCGGAAUCGCUCGGACGGCUACUCAUUCACAACGCGCCAUGGGUGUUCUCUGGAAUCUGGAGACUCAUUCAUGGUUGGAUGGAUCCGGUCGUGGCAUCCAAAGUGCAUUUCACCCGUUCAGUUAAUGAUCUAGACAAAUUUAUUACUCGCGAUCAAAUUCCGAAAGCGAUCGGCGGCAAUGACAGUUGGAGCUAUUCGUACCCCGAGCCCCAGGAAAAAGAGAAUCAACUCAUGGGAGAUAUCGAAACGAGAGACUCUCUGCUGUAUGAACGGUUGAUGAUUGGUCUCAGAAUGGUCGCUGCUACCGCCGCUUGGAUCUCUGCUACGACUUACGCUGAUGAAAAGGAGGAUGCUGCGAAAGUUUCAGAAUUGAAGGCUCGUCGGAAUGCUAUAAUUGAGGAGUUUCGGUCGUCGAUUGUAUAUUUGCUGUCAUCACAUAAUACCAGCACAUCUCCGCCCCUUCCGCCCCAACGCUCGCGCCUUCGCCGCGUCGCAGGAUUCCUCUCAAUCGCCGUCAUCGCAUUCACAGCCGGAGUAACCUACCGUUCUCUCCGCACCGUCUCAUCCAUAAUGGCUGAACCAAUUCUCUCCGACGAACAGACCCUCGUCGCCUUCACACCAACAGACGAGAUAACUCAAGAAAUCGAGUCAACUCUCCAAUCGCACCCGGAAGCGGUCGCUCUCCGCGCAAACCCUGAGUUCAAAGAAGCGCGCCCACACCUCAAGAUCCCCGAGACUCUACGUCCUCGCAGUCUAACAGCCGGUACCCUCGCGGGUCCAAAUAAGAUCGUCGUCCCACCAUAUGUCUUCAGUGAAAGCGGGGGUAAGAGCCUCGUCUCGCUGAUGUACCUUGGCUCGGAUAUCUGUGGACACCCCGGUAUUGUUCAUGGAGGACUUCUUGCGACGCUACUAGAUGAGGGUCUGGCACGAUGCUGUUUCCCAGCGCUCCCUAAUAAAAUUGGCGUUACUGCAAAUUUGAACAUUGAUUAUCGGGCACCGGCUAUGGCGGAUCAGUAUAUUGCUCUGAGAGCGGAGACUGUUAAGGUUGAGGGUCGGAAAGCGUGGGUUGAGGGUCGUAUUGAGACUCUCCCUACUGAUGGGAAGGACCCUGUUGUCUUGGUUGAGGCUAAGGCAUUAUUUAUUGAGCCUAAGCAGGCUGCGGCUCUUUCCCAAUUGUACCGUGGCGCGAACGAAUAA